AUGGCGUCACUUGCUGAUGAACUGUUACAGGAUUUCGGUGACGAUGGUUCCGACCAAGAGGAAGAACAAGCGGGAGGCUUCGAGCAGGAUGGCGGAGACGAUACAGCCGGCGGUGCCAACGCCGUUCCUGGGAUGGAACUCGAUGGUGAUGAGGAGGAAAUUGAAGAUGCAGAUGCUAUGAUGGAGGAUGUGGAACAGGACGACGCAAAACGAGCGGAAUUCCACGAGCAAGCGGCCAAGGCCAACGCCGCCGAACUGAGCGAUGUCCGAGACGCAAAGGAUAUCGCCGCAUUGAUGAAGACGCUUCCCCCGGUGAUGGAGAAAAUCGCCUAUUUCCAAGGCUUGCCCUCUGAGAAGCAGACGAAGAACAUCGGAUCGGUCGAGGAUAAUCCCGAAUAUAAGCUCCUGACCCAGUCGAACAGCCUAUCAACGAUGAUUGAUAGUGCGAUCAUAUGGAACCAUAAAUUCAUACGAGACCACUACUCGAUGCGAUUUCCGGAGCUCGAACAGCUUGUCACGAACCCGAUCGACUAUGCGAAGACCGUCGCGAUUAUUGGCAACGGACCUCUCGAGAAUCUGAAGCAGAUUUCUACAUCCACCGAUAACUUGGUGGGACAGACCCUCAACUCCGUUCUCGAUGGCCCUAGCUUGAUGGUUGUUGGGCUGGAGGCUAGAACAACCCGUGGUCAAGAAAUGAGCGCGUCGGAGCUAGAGACCGUGAGAAAAGGCUGCGAAAGAACCCUUCAGCUCGCGAAGGCCAAGCGGGUUCUCACUGAAUACGUCGAAUCUCGCAUGAACAUUUUCGCGCCGAAUCUUACAAACCUCGUGGGUUCCUUAACGGCCGCUCAAUUCCUCAACUUUUCGGGGGGACUGGCAGGACUCGCAAAAACUCCAGCAUGCAACAUUGCGCCGUUAGGCUCCAAAAAGCAAGCUCAAGCUGGCCUUGCUACCAAUGUUGGGAUCCGGCACCAAGGCUUCCUCUAUCAUUCUCCCAUCAUUCGCGACAUUCAAAUCGACCUCCGAAAGCAAGCCAUGCGGAUCGUAUCCGCCAAAGUCGUCCUGGCCGCCCGGAUCGACCGAGUCCACAGCAAUCCCGACGGCAGCGCCGGCGAGGAGCUCAAAGAGCAGUGCCUCGAGCGUCUCCGCAAACUUCAAGAGCCCCCUCCAAACAAGGGCGUCCGAGCUCUCCCGGUCCCAGAUGACAAACCGGCCCGAAAACGUGGUGGUCGUCGGGCGAGGAAGGCCAAGGAAGCCGUCGCGAUGACGGAGUUACGGAAAGCGCAGAAUCGCAUGGCAUUCGGCAAGGAGGAGAAGGAAGUGGGGUACGGCGACACGACGAAGGGCCUGGGCAUGAUCGGAUCGGAGAAUGAGGGUCGCAUUCGCGCUCUGCAAGUCGACCAGCGCACACGCGCGAAGACGAGCAAGAAGAAUCCCGGAUGGGGCGGCCCGGUCAGCGGCACGUCCUCGACGUUCGGGCAGGGACAGGGAGCCGGGAAUGCGACCGUCCUUCGCGGUCAUGGCUUGCGAACCGCUGGUGUCAAUGCGCCCUCCGGAACCGCGACAGCUAUCGGGGCGUUCACGCCCUUCCAGGGUCUGGAGCUGGUGGAUCCGAACAAGAAGGCGGAAAUGGAACGGAAGCGGAAGGCGGAGCAGGAUCGAUGGUUCAGCAAUGGGACCUUCACACAGAUCGGGGGCAGUUCGGCGAAGCCGAAGAUGGAUGAGGGCGGCUUCAAAGUGCCUUCGUUGCCAUCGAGGAGAGAGUAG